AUGCCCGAGGUUGAAGAGAAGCCGCCUCCUCCAAAGUACCUUGGCUUCAUAGCAGGGAUGUUUUCUGGUGUGACCAAGAACGCAGUGGGCCAUCCAUUUGAUACGGUUAAGGUGAGACUACAAACUUCAGAAGGAAGGUUCAAGGGACCUAUGGAUUGCGUUUGGCAGACAUUCAGGAGUGAGGGAAUCAAAGGAUUCUAUAAGGGAUUUACUCCUCCCCUAGUGGGUUGGGUUCUUAUGGAUUCUGUUAUGCUUGGAUCGCUUCACUUAUACAGAAGACUUGUGAAAGAGAACUUUUACCCUGAUGAGAAAAAACUACCUCUCUCGGGACAUAUUAUUGCCGGCUUAGGUAGUGGAUGGACUGUAUCAUUUGUUGCUGCUCCUAUUGAACAAUUCAAGGCAAGGCUACAAGUGCAAUACGAUGCCAAAACUAGAAUAUACUCUGGCCCACUCGAUGUGGCCAAGAAACUCUGGAGAAUCUCUCCAUUGACGUGGUACACUGGUCUUUUCAGUACCAUGGUUUUCAGAACCAACUUCAUCUUCUGGUGGGGGUCUUAUGAGUUGAUCACUAACUGGUUUAAUGACAACACCAAUAUGUCACCAGCAUCAGUCAACUUUUGGUCCGGUGGGCUCUCUGCAACCGUCUUUUGGAUCUUUGCAUACCCGGCCGAUGUUGUCAAGCAGACAAUCAUGACAGAUAGCCCUUUGAAAGAACAUAAAAAGUACCCUCGUUACACGGAUGCGGUAAAGCACAUAUACCGUGAGAAAGGCUUACGAGGGUUCACGCGAGGAUUCGGCCCUUCCAUCUUACGUUCAUUCCCUGCAAAUGCCGCUGCACUUGCUGCAUUUGAAGCCGUGAUGAGGUUUUUGCACUAG